ACGACGAACACUGCUUUCUUCUCUUCACGACCGCCUCCGAAAGGAUCCUCCUAUUUGCUCCCUUGGUCAGUUGAUCAUACGAGCAGCCAUUUGUUGCUCUUGCAAAGUUGCAUAUCUGUCAAGAAUUGAGUAGCCCGCAGAGAGGGACUCUAGCAGAGAGACCGGAGAAGGACAGAGAGUCAAGCCAAUUCGAACCCUGGUUCUGGCCAAGAGAAUCACAGCUAUGCCUCAUGCACUCACAAUGCCAGCCCCUGGCUUUCAGGCCCUUAUUCUGUGCGGCCCUGGAUCAUCGUUUCCCACCUUUACCACCAAUCCAGAUGAGAAUCCCAAGGCCCUCAUCCCCAUUGCGAACCGGCCGAUGGUCUGGUACCCCAUAGACUUCUGCUAUCGUAUGGGCGUUACAAAUAUUACCCUUAUUGCCCCGCCCUCAUCUGCCCCGGCGAUCGAGGCGGCAAUGAAUACCAAUCCCCACCUUACUGGACUUCCUCUUCCGAAACCCAAUAUCUUGGCGCCUAAAGAUCUCGACCAGAACACAGGUACCGCUCAAAUCUUCCGCUUACCAGAAGUUCGCGCUGCCAUCAACGGGGACUUCAUUGUCCUCCCUUGUGAUCUCGUGUGUGAACUUGGUGGUGAGUCCUUGAUCGAAUCAUGGAUGGUUAAGGAAGCUGGCCUUGGUGGGGCAGAUGCAGGUGGUCGCAGUCCAAAGACGGCCCUUGAUAGUCCCAGAGGGGGUCGAAAAGGUGGUCUUGGAGUUUGGUAUGAAACCAAGGGCGAGACCAUUGUCAAGGGCGAGGAAACCGACUUCAUCGCUACAUCGCCAUUAGAAACUCUCUCAGUCCCACCGCCGAAGAGUUCAUUGCUGUCACAUGUGUCAAGGCUAGUCUACUCUGUGCCAACUGACACCCUUAACGAUAUCACCGAGGAGAAGAAGACGCUACCUAUUCGACACAGCCUCGUCCGUGCCCACUCUCGGAUACGAAUGCUGAGCUCGCACCGUGAUGCACAUAUUUAUAUCUUUCCAGCCUGGGUCCUCGACAUGAUAAAUUUGAACGAGCACUUUGACAGCAUUGGCGAGGAUGUAAUUGGGUGGUGGGCCAAGGCCGGAUGGCAAGAUGGUCUAGGCGAUAAACUAGGACUUAGGGAGGUCUUUCGGAACCCUGACUCUGCCGCCAAGGACGACAAUCUCUUGCAAGAUGCACCUACAGACGACGUUGACUUCGCGAGCCUAAGCACGACUAGGACAUCGAAGCUUCAAGCGCCAGAAGCUUCCGACCAGCUCGUCAUCCCACCGAUACUGGCCUACAUCCACCCUUCCAAACCCACCCCUAAGACCCCCACUGUCCCCCUCAUCCGUCGAGUUGACACGGCGCCUCUACUCCUCUCCAUCUCCCUGCAGCUGGCGAAACUCGACUCAAUCGAGAACCUUGGCCGAGAGGCCUCUUCCCCCUUCGCGCACCAAUCCAAGGUCGCCUAUCCAGAAGGCAUCGCCUCCAAAACCACCGUCACGCGCCCUGACUGCUUGCUCGCCGAGAACGUCACCGUCGAGGAAAAAUGCUCGAUCAAGGAAUGCGUCAUCGGAGCGAACUGCCAGAUUAAAUCAGGAGCGAAGCUUACGAGAUGUGUGUUGAUGGACGGGGUGGUCGUGGGUAAGGGAUGCAAACUGACGGGAUGUAUCCUUGGAAAGCGGAGUGUGAUUGGGGAGGAUAGUAUCUUGGUUGAUUGUGAGGUGCAGGAGAACCUGCUGGUUGAGGCAAAGACGGAGGAUAAGAACAACAACCUGAUGAGUUCCGAAGGUAUGGAGGCUACCGAGGAGGAGAUCCAAGGCUCUUUCGCAGAAGACGGCAUGGCCUUGGAUACCGACGAGGGUGCGGGCUUGAGUUUGUCGGCGUGAGGUUCCGAAAUACGCAGGCCACCCUCUCCUACUCCACUGUUCAGGCAGGGAAUUACUUGGCUCUAUCCAAGAUCUACAGGCGAUCCACAGUCUCGGAUGAAGAGCGUGCAAUCCCGACCCAGCCGUUUGGAGACUGCGCCGAUGAUGUCAACAUAGUGCGAUCAAUACAUCUGAAAGCUUAUCUUGCUUCCGGGAGAUGGGGAGGCGGAUACCCAACACCAUAUCGAUUCGAGGAUACUGCUCUGCACAAUCUCGGAUCGAAGCCGGUGCCGGUGAACUGAGAGCAGGAUCCGGAUGUUAUAAUAUGAGGAGAUUGCAAGG